AAAUUUUCCAAAUCCAAUUAAAUUUGUGAUUAAUAUACAAACAAUGCUGUUGCACUCAUCUCAUCAUUGCAUUUAUUUUGUAAAAUCUAUAGUGUAAACUUAAUAGGAAAACGAAAACAGGUUCAACUCUAAAGAAACAGCAUAGUUUUCGGUACUAUAAACACUUGAAGAAAAGUGAAUAAAAGAUCAACAACAUGGCUGAAGCAGGCACAAUUACAUGUGGUUUGACAAUUGAAUAUUUGAAUCAGCAACAAUCAGUUACAAGAACUGCCAAAUGGAGAACAUCUACUUUGACCUUAGUUCGCAAUGAAUUUAGAGAAAUCUAUCUCGAUGUUAGAGCUUCUGAUUCUAGCCUUAGAUUCCUGCUUCAAAAUAUAAGUGUUCAUAAAAAAUUUGUUUCGGAAGGUAAAGCUACGAUACAUUUCCAGUUACAUCCUGCUAAAGUAUAUAUAUCUAAUGCACCAGCUUCUCAGUUAUUAGUAUUUCUGAAAACAUUAUUUGUCAAGAUGAGCAGUUUCAAAUGUUCACCUAAAGUUCCUCUACGAGAACAAUUGUUGACAAGUAAAGGCAGAAACGUUGAAGAAAUUAGCCCUAUAAACGCUAAAGAUGUUACAAGAGUCAAAACUACAGUUGGUACUCAAGUAGAUGUCAAACGUGCUUCUAAACAAAAAAGUAAACAUAGUACUAGUAAUGUUCAGGCUGCCAAAAAGCGAUGUGUUGAAUCAUUGCUGACUGAGAAACUUACGGACGAACAGCAAAGAGUUGUUGAUGCUGUAAUGAGAGGGAAAAAUAUAUUCUUUACAGGCAGUGCUGGUACAGGCAAGUCAUUCCUGCUGCGGCACAUAAUCGGAGCUCUGGUACCAGACAAAACUGUGGCAACGGCCAGCACCGGAGCAGCGGCUUGUCUCAUCAACGGCACCACUCUACACUCGUUUGCUGGUAUUGGAGAUGGUGAAUCUUCAUUGGAUCGCAGUGUACAGCUGGCUCAAAGACCUCAAGUCUUGUCUAACUGGAAGCGGUGUAAACACCUCAUAAUCGACGAAAUAUCCAUGGUAGACGGGAAAUACUUUGAGAAAGUUGAGAAGGUAGCCAGGAUUAUUAAAGGUGUUGACAAACCCUUUGGGGGGAUCCAGUUGAUUGUUUGCGGGGACUUUCUUCAACUUCCUCCGGUCGUCCGCGACUCCCAGCGACCAAAGUUCUGUUUCCAAUAUCCAGUUUGGAAGCAGUGUGAAUUUCAAGUGUACAAUCUAGCCAAAGUUCAUCGGCAGAACGACACAAAGUUCAUCGAUAUACUCAACAAUAUCAGAUUGGGGAGGGUGACAGAGGAGAUGACACAAGAACUGUUACGGACAGCAUCACAGACGAUCACCAAGGACAACAUUGUAGCCACAAAACUAUGUAGUCAUAAUCAAGAGGCUACGUCCAUCAACAACGCAGAGCUUAACAGGCUCCCAGGUGAGGAGAGAAGGUUUGAAGCAGAAGAUAGCUGUGCAACUGCUCGUAAACUGUUGGACGACCAGACACCCGUGGAAGCAGUGUUGGUGCUCAAAGUUGGAGCUCAGGUGAUGCUACUCAAGAAUAUCAGCGUAGCUCGAGGCCUGGUUAACGGAGCACGAGGUGUUAUAACAAAGUUCUCCAAAGACGGCUUGCCAGUGGUGCGGUUCAUGUCAGGCUUGGAAUGCACAGUGCCGAGGGACAAAUGGGUUGCUAAGUCAGCGAGUGGAACCCACUACGCUCGGAAACAGAUUCCCCUGAAACUUGCGUGGGCGUUCUCUAUCCACAAGUCACAGGGCCUGACGCUGGACUGUGUGGAGAUCUCCUUGUCCAAGGUGUUUGAGGCGGGUCAAGCGUACGUCGCUCUGUCUCGGGCCAAGAGUCUCGAGUCUCUCCGUAUCAUCAACUUUGAUCCGAAACAAGUCUGGGCGGACAAGGACGUUCUCAACUUCUACCACAGAGAAGGACAAAGAGCUAAACUACUUUCAAAUCAUUUCAUUCCUCUAGGUCCGAAGCGAAAGUAGUGAAAAUGAGACUAAAAGUCUGGAAAAAUUGGUAAUGUUAAACGUUUUAUUUGAUUAUUUAACAACAGUAUUACUCGCUAGUUAGGUGCGUGAUUGAAAUAUUUAUAAAUUUAAACUUUUAUUUUGAACUUAAGAAGUUAAUUUAGCUUGCUUGAAAUAUUUAUGAAUUAAAACGUUUGAUUUGAACCCACGAAUACUAGAAAAAUACCGGUUUGGAUCAUAAACAUAAACAAAUGACGUUUUUGGCCCGAAAGUAAACAAAACCCCUAUACUAA